UCCGAACGUCUCUCUCGAGCUCCACCGGUGGCCUCCCUCAGCCAGGCACCGCCUGACCUUAGGCGGGGAAGAGCAAAGGUGCCUCUGGCUUUCGCAACCAGAGGCCGUCCGAGCAUGAUGACCGUCGGCGGGGCCAAGGUGGGCGUGGGGGGGACCCUGAGAGCCCGGGGGCUCCGGCGGGGGGGCCCCGCAGAAGACACGACCGCCAUCCUCGAGGAAGAAGAGGAGGCGGAGGAGGAGGCGCAACAAGGGAAGCGGGCGCCGGAGGGCCACGCCGAGGAAGGCUCCGGGGGCUCCUCCAAGCGAGUCGCGUUUGCCAUCCUCCCGGACAAGUACGAGCCGCUCGGCGCCGACGUGGAGCAGCAAGCGCAGCGAGCCGAGCGCAAAAGUAGAAAGCGCAGGAAGAAGCUCAGGAAAUACGGCAAGAAUGUGGGCAAAGUGCUGCAAAAAGGAUGUCGUUAUGUGGUGCUCGGCCUGCAAGGCCUAGCCAAUGCCUACUCAUCGCCCUUUGGUGUGGCUGUUUCGGUAGCAACGCUGUUUCGGUAGACUGACGGUCUACUCCUUUCAAGAUGGAAGAAGAAAGAAGCCAUCGCGGAGGUGCAUAUGCCACCUUUGGAAAUGACGGCAUUUCAGCAAUAAGAAAUGGAUCAAACCAGGACGUUUGGAGGGCUUGACUUGAACCAGUUCCUUACAUUUGUCAUUUGUCAGAAAUCGUUUAGUUAAUAUUAGAUCAAAGAAAUGAGUCAGACCAAAGGAACAACAUUUUCAUUAGCCUGAGUCAGAUCUUGUCCUUUAAAAAGAGAGUCAGAGUGCCCUUUUGUCAAAGUCUUGGAUUACAGAGGAAGAGGGGGAAAGAGAGAGAGAGAGAAUGGUUAAAAUAAAGAAGAAAAUAGAGGGAAAGAAAGAUCUGGUAUUCCACAGGGGGAGUCUUCCUUAUCACUGUUUUUCCAUGUCAGGGAAAGCUGCACCUGUGGUGUCUCUGUGUACUAUUGGUAUAGAGGGAACACUGCCAGAAUUGGGCCAGCCUCAGGAGAGAUUGGAGAAGUGAGACUGCUUUAUCAGAAAGGGGGGAAAGGCAAGGCAAAAGCUUAGGAACAUCUACUGUGUUUCAGACUCUGAGUCCAGUUACCUUGCAGCCUGGUUCUCAUUAGGAGGUAGGCCUCCAUAGUAGGAUUGCCGGGCUGACACUUGGCGAGACCUAGAUCUUUAGGGAGUUCACAGAAAGGAAACUUCCUCAGGUGCGCCUUCUCUUCAGAUAUUAUGGUAAAAGCCACACUGGUGAAAUUCUC